CUUCCGAAAAAGAAAUAGCUAUGGAAUCACUUUAAAAAACUCGUACCAGUUUAAAAUAGCACACUUAUUGUCUUUUGUUUAUGAGUAGUAAAAUUUAAGCCCAUUGGCAAACAAGGUUGUGUAAGUGGUCCAUUGAGGGGUUUACCAGGAAAAAGAUUAUAUAUUAUUAUAUUAAAACGUUGGAUGAAAGAAGGAUGUAUAGACUAUAGUUAAGCGGAGACAUAUUUUAAAUGGAAGAUGUGUGUUUAAAGUUGGUGAUGGGUUGUUAGUAAAACAGGUACUGUUGUCUGAAAUGGAGUCUGCAAUGCCAGUUGCUCCACCCAGAAAAAGGAGAUCAAUGCAAGUAGAAAAUGCAGGGCAAAUGCCACGUGUGUCUACGAUAACUAUUGAAAGUUUAGAUAAAAAACUGGAAUCGAAACCACGGAAAUCUGUCUCUCCUUCUAUGUUGAGCUUGGAUGCAUUUUCAGACAGUAUCCGAGAAGUCCUGGGCAAGAAUGUCACCCUGUAUCAGAAGUUUAUGGUGAAGCAUGAAGUUAGGCCAGAUAAAUUCGAGAGGAAGAUCGUUGGCCUGACGGGAUGCAGGUUGUUCCUGUUUAUUGUGAAGACACCUACCAAGGUGGAUCAAGAUUUCAGCUUUUUAGACAUUCAAGGCAUAGAAAGCAAAAAGAAAAAUCAGCUGACAAUCAGUGUAACAGAUGGCAAACCAAUCUCCCUGGUUACGCUGGACCCCGAUUCCGAUGACUUUGAUCUCAUGAUUACACACAUCGGCAGGUCCCUGAAAAACAUCUUCCCAGUAUUUCCUAUAGAAAGAUUCAUCAAGAAAAUGGAUGUUCAGCCAUCAGACCGCCUUAGACCAAUGCAGGACUUGAUGAAGGAAAUAGAAAAGAAAGAGCAGGGUCCAUGUGGGGGGUACUCCAUUAUGUACGCCUGUAUGUGUGACUACCAUAACACAGCCUACAGAGAGGAGGUGGCAUGGGAUGUAGAUACCAUAUAUUUAUCACAGGACUCAAGGGAGCUAAAUCUGCAAGACUUUGACCAUUUAAAUCUAAAGGAUCUGGUUCCUAUUAUUGGUGCUCUAGAAAACAACACCUGGUUCACAAAAUUAACAGCCUGUAAAAUCAAACUUACUUCAGAUGCCCAGAGUGAGAUUUUGAAAGUGAUGAAGCGAAACAACACGAUAGAAGAACUAGACCUCAGUUCUACAGGAAUCACAGUAGAUUUUGUACAGAAGUUAGCAACAGCCAUUUUAUCUAACAGUUCCUCCCAGCUACAGAGAAUUGAUCUGUCCAAGAACUCAUUAGAAGAUAAAGCUUUGGUCCAUUUUAUUGGAUCACUAAAGAGUCUGUCUCGGGGACUGGUGCAUCUGGACAUCUCUAACACAAAGGUCCUGGGAAAGGGGCUCAAUAGAGUGUGUGAGAGUCUGUCACAGAGUCCAUCCAUCGUCCAAUCACUGCACUCUCUCAACAUCUCGGAAAAUCCCAGCAAGGGAGAAGACCUACAAUGUUUAUACAAUUUUCUGGCCCAAGGAAACAACAUCACCUUUCUAGAUCUCUCAGGAACGGACUGUGCUUUAGAACUGCUGUGUGCAGCCUUAUUAAGAGGAAGUUGUGCCUCCUUAACUCAUCUUAAAGUGGCUAGGAAUGUGUUUACUCACAAGAAAACCAAAGAAGUGAUUGUACAGGGGACCUGGAAGACAUUUUUCUCCAGUGUUUACGGACUGGAGUGUCUGGAUAUGUCUGGAUGUAGAUUACCCCCAGAGGCUCUAAAGGAGAUGCUUCUAGGAAUAGCCUGUAAUAUGCACAUCAAGGACCUUCACCUUGACCUCAGCAGCAAUGACCUUCAGUCACAAGGUGGACAGGUGUUAGGGAGUUGUAUUGGGAAUAUCAGCAGUAUCACCAGUCUGGAUAUUAGUAAUAAUAAUUUCAACCAAUCCAUAGUGAGUUUACUUGACUGGAUAAAGAGCAAUAAAAGUAUCAGAACUCUGUCGAUUGGACAAAACUUUGACAACAUCAAACCAAAACAUAUGACAGCGGUAAUGGAGGGAGUUGUAAACCUCAUUCAGGACGAUUCCUGUUGUAUAGAAUCUCUGUCGCUGGCCGAUUCCAGACUUCGGAAUAAUCUCUCUGAUAUCAUAAAUGCUCUCGGCAGCAAUGUAAGCCUAACAGAAAUUGACAUCAGUGGAAAUCAGAUUGGAGACUUUGGGGCCCGUAUGCUCAGUAAAGCCCUUCAGAUUAACUCCAAGUUAAAGUGUAUUCUCUGGGACAAAAAUUUAGUCACAGCACAGGGCUUUGAGGACAUUGCUGUAGCUUUACAAAAGAAUUACGCCUUAAGAAAAAUGCCCAUGCCAAUAAAUGAUGCAUCUGUAGCACUCCAGAAACAAGGGGAGAGAACUGAGGCAGCCCUUCAGAAAAUAGAGAGUUUACUACAGAGGAAUCACAGCCCACAGAAAUUUUCCUCCGACCAGGCUUAUAGACUACAGCAAGGGUUCCUCAUCAGUUCUACACAACAGAUGGUAGAUCGCCUGGUGGUCCAGGUACAGGACGCUGUUAACGCCCUCAGUCUGGGCUCCACGGACGCCUUCCAGACAGAUAUUGAUCAGGCCACCAGUGUCAUUAAGGACGCAGACAAUUCCAAGCAGCUGCUGCCUCAUUUACAAAGAAUAGCCAUGAAAUCAAUAGACACAGGAAACCCAGUGGAGACUGAAUUAAAAUAUCUGAGUGAUAAUCUGAAGGAAACUCUACAGACCCAAAUGAAGAAAACAGUCACAGACAUGAUUGAGUGUACAGGAAAUCAAUGCUCAGGAGUCACCUCAAAUAAGGAUUUUAUGCUUGAGUUAGUGUCUGGGUGUUCUGAGAGGAGUUCUUUACCUAAAGGUUUCACUAAACACCUGAUGGAUGGGGUAGAAACCGACAUCUACAACAAACUUAGCGAGAUUAACUUGGCAGUGGCAGCCCACAUAUCUGACACAGUCAUUGAUGGUGUGAUAGAGACAUUGACUGACAGUCACAAGACACUGAUGUCUCACCUGAAACAGAAGCGGUCCGAGGAUCGUCCCAACUCCACCGAGUCCAAAGACAAGGGAGUGGAGAAGACAGAGGAACCAGAGAAGGUCCCCCUCAGGAUCUCCAUCAAAGCAGACUCCCCGGGGGCAUCAUCUAAAAGCAGCCAUGAUAAUCUAGAAGUACCUGAAAACAGUUAUAUUGCGUACACGGUACCAUUUCUACAGACACACCCCUACAGUACACCAAACUUAACCAACAAGAGGAAAAGUGUUCAUGCCCGGAAAAUGCGACCCCCUACAGUUAUUGAUCCAGGGCAGGUAGCUCAAGCUUUACAAAUUCACCAAGCCAAGGAGAAUGACCAUGAUGGGUCAAAGGUCAGUGAUGUUGCAGAGGUCAAGGCCACUGAAACCAAUGAAGAAGUUGGGUCACAAGAAGAUUUAACUGCUGUAGUAGCCAAACAACCUGCUGAAAAAAUAGAAAUAGAUUUAGUGGGUGAUUUACCAGAUACUUCAUCAAAGCUCACACAUCUUGGCAAAACAAGACCCAAAGGUCCAAAUCGGCGACGCCCAUCUGCCCGGCCCCAAGAAAACGGGAGGGAGGCUAGUGCUGGGCUGAAGGCAGAUGAGGGUCUUGACUCAUUCUUCACAAGCAGUAACACUGGAGAGAUCACAGCGACAGAUUCAGGGACACCCAAGUCUAGCAAGUCAGAUAGGAAAGAGAGCAUGGACAAAGGGUCAAACAAGAAGAAUGAACCUCCAGCAAAGCCUACAACAGAAAAACCAAAGAAGAAGGGAGGACUGUUCAGCUGGAACACGGGGAAGGAACAGAAAGAAGAGGAGAAACCAGAGAAAACUAAAGGAGGAAUUGGUAAAUUCUUUGGUAAGAAAACCUCUGAAGUCAAAAGAUCAACCUCAGACAAGAAAGAUAAGACACCUCAGAAACCAGAACCAGCAGCCAAAGAGGAAGCGGAAAACCAGGAAAUCCAGGAGGAAGAACCGGAACCAGAUACUAAAUCACUGACAGAAAGUAAGGCUGAUUCUACUCCUGAUGCAACUCCUGAGAAAGAAGAAGAGAAUAAAGAAGAGAAGGAGGAAGAGGAAGCCGCCCCGGAGGAGAAGAAAGAGGAGAAGAAGGAGGAGCCACCCAAAAGACGGCCCCCUGUGGGAGGAGUCGGAAUUAUGGGCGGGCCCAUGGGCGUCAACUUCUUAUCAGAGAUGAAAGCCAACAAACGAUUCUCUACUCUGAAUAUAGACAAGGAGGAGAGGAAACCAACAGUUGCUUUACUUCCUCCAGGGAAAAAAUCUCCAACCAGCAAUCUCCCUCCACCCCAGAAAGAGACCCCCAAGGAAACUCCACUGAAAUCAGUGGAGGAGACAAAAGCAGAGGAGGCACCAAAAGUGGAAAUUCCACCCAAAGAGGAGCCAAAAGAGGAGUCCAAAACAGAGGAGAAGCCCUCCACUAUGGACAAAACAGAGACUGAGGAUAAAGCAGAGGCGAAAGAGGACACAGAAAGCAAACCGACCCAGAAUUCUGCUGAGGAAAGUAAGCCUAACCCAGCAGAAGAAAGUAAAGUCAGCCAGCCUGAUGACAAUCAAUCAAAGCCUGCCCAGGAUAAGCCCAGCCCAGCAGCCAUGUUGGGGAAUGUGCUGAAAUCUAAGCCAUCGCCUACUCCUCGGGCAGCUCCCAGGAAAGUUAAUGAGGACUCAGAUUCUUCUUCACCACGGUCCUCAAGAUCAUCCAGGGAGUUACCUGUAUCUAAACCCUUGCCGCUGAGGCCAAAACCACCACCUAAAGCUCCCAAGCCUUCAGGCGUGGGUCGAAAAUCAGAGGAAUCCAAACUAAAAGAAGCACCUGUUGAAACGGACAAAAAAUUGGCGGGUGUAAAUUCCAGUCAGGACAGUGACAGUGGAGUAGUGGUGGAUUCCGCGACUCUUCGCUUGUCUGUCGGAGAGAAAAUUAAAAGGCUGAGUCAGAAAUUACCGGAACCAGAGCCCUCGUCAACCGCCAGCAAAACAAGUUCACUUCCUAAAAAUGUUUCAUUGAAAAGUUCUCUAAAAUCUGAAGUGAAUGGGGAGUCGGGAAAAACUGAAACUGAUAAAGAACAGGAAAAAUCAGAGGACUCCAAACGUUCCUCUGACUCAGACAAAUCUGAGACCUCGGGCGAAAGUGCAAUAGAAAACACAGAACAAAAUGAUGAAGAAAUCAUGGUUUAAUCCUAGAAUCAUCGUAGAUUUAAUACAUAAUUAGAGGACAGGCAUCACUUACUCAGUUAUUUUCUGGAAAAGAUUUUUCUGUGAAAGGAAGAAAAGAUUGUAUAAUACUGUUAGUGUCUUAUUUCAAACUGGAUUUUACUAUGAUUUUGAUUACAAUUCCAAGCCAAAAAGUUAUAUAUUUUUGUAUAAAGAAAUGUUAUAAGUUGUUGAUGUAUGUGAAACAUUUUCAAGAUACUGCGGUAAUUGGUAUCAUUUGAAGUGUAUUUUUCAGUUAAUUUGACUGAUAUAAUGAUUGAUUUUGGAGCUGAAAUUUUGCCCACUGGUGGUUUAAUGUGCUGGUAUGAAUUUUUUUAAAGGUUACGUAGUGCUUGUGUAAUAGAAUUUUGAUUGUAUAUUUUUUCUAUUAGUAAAAUUGAAAAAAAAAAAGGAUUUUGAAAAUUACUAACUCAUUGAGUAAAUUAGACCUUAUAUCCCCAUAAGAUCGAAUAAUAAUAGUUGAAUGUGUUUUGAAGUGAACAGUUUUUAAUUCUGUAGUGCUCAGAGAUAGAUGUGCUUACGUGACGUUAUUUUCUUUGUUUUGUUUAUGGAUAAAACUUGUUUACUUGUUCUGUACAACUCAUUUGAACAUGUGUUCUACAUGUACAAUUAUAAAUCUUAUAUUUAAUCUGAAUGACAUGUAUUCUGAAAUCUUGCCUAUAACAAUGAAAAUCUUUAGUUUUCAAACAUUAUAGUUGUUUUAAAUGUUCAUUUUGAAUGCUCUCUAAUCUGAAAGUUGGUUAGAUCCAGUAAGAAGAAGGUAUGGUUUUAGCUUUUUUGCACCCUAAAAAUGUAAUGACAUCAAAAAGUUUUGAGACUGGCUUAAAUAUUAGAUAAAUAAAUGACUCUGAUAAAUCAGGAAAGAAUAUGGCAUGAAGGUUUACCAUUCUACAAAUAUGAUGUCAUUAAUAUGAAGCAUUUCUCCAUUUUCAACAGGAAAAGCCUCAAAAUGGCACAUUUCAAGGGUGAUUUUCCUUUAGAAAACAGUGUCCACAGCCGUCGCCCACAAUAAUGUUUUGAUAUAUUUGUGCUAAAUUCAAUAACAAAUCACAUAUCUCAAGAUCUUUGUGGGCGAUGCCUGUGGACAAUGUUAUCUGAAAGAAAAUUUCAUUGAAAAUUUGUGUCUUCUGCAACUAUUUAGGAAAAUACGGGAAAAUGCACAUGUUUAUGACGUCAUAAUUAGCAUUUAAAAACACAUGCGAGAAAAAUGACUUGUAUGAUUUUUCUGCAUUGAAUUUCAAUCAUUUAAAAAGCAUGAGUUUUCAACUUUUACACCAUUUUCAUUAUUUAGAAAAUCACAGGGCAAGAUUUGUAUGGAAACCAUACCUUCUUCAAAUAAGAAUGUUUUACUGCAUUAUAUAUCAAUUGUAAAACCUCACAGUUUAAGGUUUAACUUUCCUUGCAAGGUUUUAUCUCUGUUUGACAAAACUGUUUUUCUGCUUUUAAUCUAUUUUUAGAUUAAUCAGAGCUUAAUUCUAUACUACAUGUAUUUGAAAUUAUAAGAAAGAAAAAAUGAAAAAGAGAGAAAUUCAACAGAAGUGAAAUUCACUCAAAAGAAUUAAUAUCUUUCUAGAACUUGUAUUAUGUGUUAUGCGUACAUGUAUUGAAUCAGAAUCUACGGAAAUUACAUGUAUUACAUAUUUUAUUUGUACUUUCAUUUUCACUUACAAUGUCUGUGAUAGAAGAUCUUUGUAGAAAAACUCACCAUUUUUUAUGAAUAUGAUCAACAUUUUCUUUUGACUUCACCUUCAAAUUCUGUAUUUUGUAUUACAUAUUGUGUUCCUUCUCACCUAACAUGCUGCAAUAAACAUUUGUUUAUAAUGUAUAGUUCGUGUAAAGCAGUAAUAAUAAUCAUGACAAUGUAAUGUAUUAGUAGAUGAGUAGUCUGUUAAUUAUAGAACUGUAUUUGAUCAGAAGCAUAAUCCUUUAUCCCAUACGUAGAGUCUGUAGUCCACUGGCUGUGCCAGUAAUUUAGUGGACACAGCUGAUGCCUCGUAUAUGUAUUUAUCUAAUCUGGGUUAAUGUAUUAUGGUGCUGUUUUUCAUUUAUACAUUUAAUGGGUCUUACAUCCUGUAUUAAUCAUAUACAGAGCUAUGCUUGGUGAGCAAGACCUUGUAUAUGUAUUGUCAUAAUAAUAAUACUGAAUGGAUUGAAUUGUAUAUAGUUAAAUGUUAAUGUUAAGAAAACGUAAUCAAUGUUAGGCAGAAUUCCAUUACAAUACCUCUGUAAUUUAUUCAUAUAUCUACAUUAAUGAAAAAAGUACUUCUAAAUUCUAUAUACCUUUACUACAAUUAUCAAUUGAAAUACAGUAAUAAUUAAAAAGAAGGAAGGUAAAGUUAUUAUUUUCAAUAUUGAAUCAUUAUGCAUAUUUAACAAGUGAUAUUGUAUGACAUACAAACAAGUGGCUAAAACAUCACUUUACCAAGUACCAACCUUUAGGUUGUGAAAAAAAUUAUUUUUUCUUCCCUGAAAGUUAUUCAUAAAGCUUACAAUUUCUCAUCUAAAUUAUAAAAUUUGAAUGCUGCUGUCAAUAACUUAAAAAAAGAAGUUUAUAAUAUUGAAUGUAGAUUAUUGAAAAAAAUAUGAGACAACCUCAUAUGAUGUAAUUCAGUGCAAACCAUAAAGCUGACUGUUGCUGGCUCUGAUAUUCAAUUAAUUCACUUUACCUGUAAUAGGGUUAAGUUUCUAUGUUUAGGAACUGUCUGUAAAUUGUGGAAACUGCUCUUUAAUCUAAAAUGUCUUCCAAUUAAUUAUGCAACUACUGGAUUAGCAGCAUUAAAUAAGCUCAAAAUUCAAGAUUUGAUGAAAAUUUGAUAAACUUCUUUAUAAACUGAAGAUUUUGAUAGAUAUACCCCUUUGACAUUCCUUAUCUACUGUUUAUAUUUAUGAACUGCCUUAACUGUUACAGUGUAUGUUAUUUACUGUGGUACUAAUACAAGUUAUGUCCCCUUGACUUUGUUAUACGAAUAUAUUAAAGUUUUUUAGCGAAUAGAAA